GUCCCAAACACACUGCCACCAUGUCCACCCACCGCCUGGUAAUCGUGCGUCAUGGAGAGAGCACAUGGAACCAGGAGAACCGCUUCUGUGGCUGGUUCGAUGCGGAGCUGAGUGGUAAAGGAGUUGAGGAGGCCAAGCAGGGGGCCCAGGCCAUCAAGGAUGCCAAGAUGGAGUUCGACAUAUGCUACACGUCGGUUCUCAAGCGGGCCAUCCACACACUCUGGACCAUCCUGGACAUCACCGACCAGAUGUGGCUGCCCGUGGUCCGCACCUGGCGCCUCAACGAGCGGCACUAUGGCGGCCUCACGGGCCUCAACAAGGCGGAGACAGCCGCCAAGCAUGGGGAGGAGCAGGUGAAGAUCUGGAGGCGCUCCUUUGACAUCCCGCCGCCUCCCAUGGACGAGAAGCACCCCUACUAUACCAUCAUCAGCAAGGAACGUCGGUACGCAGGCCUGAAACCCGGAGAGCUGCCCACCUGUGAGAGCCUUAAGGACACCAUCGCCCGGGCCCUGCCCUUCUGGAACGAGGAGAUCGUCCCCCAGAUCAAGGCCGGCAAGCGGGUGCUCAUCGCUGCCCAUGGCAACAGCCUGAGGGGCAUCGUCAAGCACCUGGAAGGGAUGUCUGACCAGGCCAUCAUGGAGCUGAACCUGCCCACGGGGAUCCCCAUCGUGUACGAGCUGGAUGGGGCACUGAAGCCCACCAAGCCCAUGCAGUUCCUAGGUGAUGAGAAGACUGUCCGGAAGGCCAUGGAAGAUGUGGCAGCCCAGGGCAAGGUGAAGGCCAAGUGAGGGGUGGGCUCUGGGCAAUAAAGGCGCCUACCC